CAAUCGGAUGAGGAUCAAUAAUAUCUUCCGUGGCUCGAGUAACACGUUUCGAUGAAAACAAACCUUUUGCAGUCCUUUAUCUCAAAUAAAAGCUCUAGUAGUACUCUCCCAAAAACCCACGACACUUCCUCAAUCCAACAUUUAUUCGAGAAAAUCCAUAACAAUUCCAGUCCAGUUGAAAGUUUUUCAUUUUUCCCCUUUCAAGAUGUCAUCCACAGAAAUUCCAGUCCAGGCAGAAGCUUUCCGAUACUGCCCUUACGUGGUCUCAUCUACAGCCCCUGUUGAAACCCAUCUCGAUGUUGUUGAGAAACUCCUGUCCAAUGGAUUCAACCAUCUUCAAGUUAAGGAGAACUACAUAGUUCCUCUCAAGGAACGCCCCCAAAUGGAUGAGGUUUCUCAUUCUUAUAGCAUUCCAGUAAUAGACCUUAAAAAUUUAGAUGGUCCUGCCAGAAAAUCAGUGGUGAAUGAGAUCAAGCGUGCAUGUGAGGAGGAUGGCUUCUUCCAGAUUGUGAACCAUGGGGUGCCAGAGGCUCUGAUGAAAAGAAUGAUGGAUGUUGCCAAAGAGUUCUUUGAAAUGCCCCCAGAGGACAGAGCAUGCCUCUAUUCAGAUGACCCAAGACAAUUGGUUAGGCUUUCUACAAGCUUCAAUAUCACCAAAGACAAAUUCCUUAACUGGAUGGAUUAUCUAACACAGCCAUGUCAUCCUCUGGAAGAAUACAUCCAUGCCUGGCCACAAAAACCUGCAGCUUACAGGGAGAUUGCAGGGGAGUAUGCUAAGGAACUAAGAGCCCUCGCUUUAAGGCUCAUGGCUGCUAUUUCUGAAGCUAUGGGGCAAGAUUCUGAUUAUUUGAAUAGAGUCUUUAAGAAGCAUAGACAUCUGAUGAACAUAAAUUACUAUCCAUCAUGCCCAAAUCCAGAUCUCACCCUUGGCAUAUCACCUCAUUCAGACCCAGGAGGCAUCAGUGUUCUCAUGCAAGGACUUGUCAGUGGCCUGCAAGUGCACAGAGAUGGAAAAUGGGUUGCAGUAGAACCCAUAUCCAAUGCCUUUGUGGUGAACUUGGGAGAUCAGCUGCAGGUUUUGAGCAAUGGGAGAUUCCAGAGCAUUGAGCAUCGGGCUAUAACAAACAAUACUACUGCUCGUAUAUCUAUUCCUAGCUUCUAUGGUCCUUCGUUGGAUGCAUUCAUUUCUCCUGCAGAAUCCAUGGUUGAUGAAGAGCAUCCGGCUCUGUACAGAGGAUACAGGUUUGAAGAAUACAUGGGGGUAUUCUGGAGUCAGGAAUUGAGGAGCAAGAGCAUUUUGGAUGGCUUCAAGAUAGAAACUGGUCAAUGAUGUUGUUGAGUGAUGAAUUGUCCUCGUCACUGAGACAAAGGAAUUGGAACAUAUGUGUUUGCUAUAUUCUUCUGUGUAAGUUGUUUAGGUUCCUAUGUUUUGGGUCUCCUUCCUGAACCAAAAGCCCAAAGCCAAUACUUUCUAGUAUGUAAUUAUUGAUUCUAUUUUGCAUCUGUCAAUGCUCUGGUAGACUCCAUACUGUAGUGAUACAGUGGUAAUGGUAGUGGUGCAGGGAUAUCCAUCUAAUAUAGUAGUGCUUCACAGUCCAAACUCUGGUGGUAGAAUUUGUAGUAGUUUUCCAACAACUAUAUUUAUUUAUAAGCAGGCCUAAGCAAUUUAUAUUGGUUGGUCUUGUAUAA